UUGUUUUUCUUGGUUCGAGCGGCGCAGAAGCUACGCGAACUCGGGGAGGCUGAAGGGCUGAGGCGCAAAUGGCAGGACUCGCGGACAAGUUCGCCUCCUUCUCGCUGACACAGCUGAACGGCUUGCUGGAGGACGACGAGCAGCUGCACAAGAUUGUCACAGAGCUGGAGGAGGUACAGCAGGUACAGCAGUCCAAGGAAAUGACACUGGCCAGCAACCGCAGACUGGCGGAGCAGAACCUCCAGCUUCAACCCCAGCUGGACUGUCAGAAGAACGAGCUAACCAAGCGCUAUCGGCAACUACAGGAGGUCUUUGAAUUGUACCAGCUGCACAAGUCCACUCUGGAUCACGAGACCGGUAACCUGUCCCUGGAUACCCUGUUAGCGCUUCUUCAAGCAGAAGGUGCAAAGAUUGAGGAGGAGACAGAGAUCAUGGCAGACUCAUUCCUGGAAGGUGGCUUGACACUGGAUAGCUUCAUUGAUGAGUACCAGAACAAGCGCAAGUUGGCCCACCUGCGGCGUGUGAAAAUCGAUAAGCUGCAAGAGAUGGCGUUGAGGGAACAGCGACUUCCUCAGACAUUCAUCCCCAACGUCCGACCCCAGGAGACCCCAUCUAUCCCACUUGCUGAAUCCAGCGGACCCCCAACACCUCUCCCUAGGAGGGCACCUCCUCCCCCACCACCCCAAGCAUCCCCAGCCCUCCAGCCUGUUCCAGGCCCCUACACAGCAGUUUUGCCAUACCCUGCUGUGCCCUAUCCGCCAGUCCCACCUAGGGUGGGUCGAGCACUCUCAGGCCAAAACCCGGGUUAUCCAAACCCUUUUGAGUCCCCGUACCCUCCACCCCUCCCACAGAGGCCAUCCCCUCGCAUUAUCCCACAACCAGGGUUCAUCAUGCAGUGAUUAGUGCUGGGUGUCAGAUCAAGUUUUACUCCACUUGUGACUGCGUUGAACGUGCUCUUGUUGGGUGGCCUCUGCCAUACCGCAUCUCAAGCAAUAUGUAAACAUACAGUGUGUGUUGUCACUUAAUCAUCUUCACAGAUGACAAAAUAAUUCAGUCUAACUUGCAGUCAGGGAUGUAGGUCUUAUCCUUCAUUUAACCAAGAUAAACAGCGCAACGGACCACAUGUCGUACAUCUUCUGUUUUUAUAAUUAAAGUUUAGAGCUAGUGCUGAAUGUUUGUUGGAAGGGUUUGGUUGCACUAUUGGGGGUGCAUGUUGAAUUUUUGCCUCUUCAGUGUGGAGUGAAAUGACAGAAAAGAGCCGUUCUCUGUAUGUUAUAUUCUCUGCAGCCUUCCAACUGUCCCGUGUUGCUUGUGAAUAGAAAACAAGCUUUACUACAGCAUGAGUCUGGAGAAAUGGCCCCAGCGAAAAUCAGGACCGUAGGUUUGCAGUAACUAGCUUGACACGUACUGGUACAUAUGCAAAGAAAUGGCUGAUAAUACUGUGUUGUUUUAUACAAGUCUUGUAAAUGGAAUUUUGUCUCCUUUGUAUUGAGAGGAUGAAAACAUUUUUGAUGUCCAGGUUAUUUGUGCAAACCUGUAGCCAAAGAUGUUUUAUAUUCAAACUGCUCCUGGAGUACCAUAUGACAAGUAGUGUUUCACAUGUUCUUUCUCUGAGGUAUACUGCACAGAGAAGUGACAAAAAAAUUGGAUUCUGUGACAAUUGAUAUUUUGUGUAUGCAUUUCUUGGAGGGACCUAGUAUGUCUCUUUAAGAUGCAGUGGUACAUAUGGAAGUGUACACUGUACCAGAUUUGCAGUGUGGCCUGUUAUAUUGCAGCUGAGAUCUUGUCUGUCUUCCAUUCUUUUCUGUUGUCAUAAAGAUGAGAAGAUGCGUAUUUACUUUUGAAGCCUAACUGCAUCUGAUUGACCUACAGGAGCUUAUUCAUCGUAAGAGUGAGGCAGCUGUGAGUAUUGGCACCAAUGCUGGCUGUUCUUGUUCCGGCUAGUUGUAUGCCAUGAUGCUGGGAAAUUCUUUACAGCCUGAUUCAAUAUAUAUUUCUCCCCUGUUAGUGCUAUUCUAUUCCAGUAGUUAUUUCUAUAACUCUCAGAAUUAAGAUAGUACAUUUAAAGAUUGUGUCAUGUGUUUUGAAGAGGUAAUCUUUUUCACUUUUUACAUUUUGAGGGAUAAUCCAGGGACCUCCUGCUGAAUACUUUGCCCACCUAAGCCUCAGAGCAUAGUUUGGGAACUUUUCUGUUGGAGGAAGUGUUGCUACACUGCUGUUACAGUGGACAGCCUGUGCCUCCCUUGGGAUAAUAUAUGUAUUGCACGACUGAAGGGUCCGUUCUGUCACUUUACCUACGUUCUCUUUCCAUAUACUAUGCACUAAAUCCUCCGCAAUCCUACUUUAUAUAUGCAUAUAUGGAGGUUAUUUAUCUAAUUAUUGGCACUUUUCUACCAAAACGGUGGUAAACAUUUGUUUACUCAACUUCUUCCUACAACUUUGAAGUUAUUGUGCUGCAGGUAACACCACCAGACCUGAAAAGCUGCCAGUCAUUGAUAACUUGGAUCAAAGUGGAUAUAUUAGUGGGGUUCUUACGCCUUGUGAAGUUGUACGACUACAGAACUGCAUGGUUUUAGUUCUCGGACCCUCGUUCUUCAUGUCCUUAUUUCGUGUGUAUUUAAUUUCAGUAUUUUCCCAAGUCCCUUUUUGAAUGACAAGUAUACCACUGUCCUUUCCACAAUAUCCUUGCCUUGUUCAGUCUGUGUCAAUAUAGAUAUAAUUUUAAAGAACCUCUUUCUCCUUUUUAAGCCUUAUGCAAAACUCAAUGGACUGAUAAUGUGACUCACCCACACAUCUUAUAUGUUGAGCGUCUUAUUUCCCGUAUUAUUUUUUGAUAAGUUGUUUUUGUGAAACUUUUUUUUCACAAGACUGCUCAGUUCAGCUUCUCUUGACUAACCUGUUAAUAGAAACCUGUAGUUUCCAUAUUUUUGGUGAAUAGCACAAUAUGGGUGAGAAGAUUCAAUAGUUGGGGAAAGUAUAGAAAAAUUGGUGCUUCCAAAAUUAGGAAACAAAGUAGAUUCCGUUAUAGAGUAUUUCAGUAACAUUGACAUCACUCCUAAAAGCAUGUUGUCCCUUUUUCCAUUUUGUAUAUUUUGAUGUGACAAAUCUUUUGCAAAAACACCAUAAACAUUAAUAUUUCUUACAGUCCAGUUCUCACUGUAGAGGCCUACAUUGAGAUCUUUUUGUAAUCUUGUACACUCCUGUAAAAUUUGGUGGUCAUAGCAAUGCUGGUAUGACUAAUGAGGAUUGUAAUACUUUAUGGUAAUGCUGUUACUGGUGACUUUUUGAACUUAAUAAAAUAGUUUUUAUACUUGAAUACCAUCCUAAUUCUUCCUGAAUAAAGACAUUGAUUUGUUAGCUUGUGCAUGUUGUCCAGUAUAGAACAGUGCAGAGUGUGUUUUGGUAGCUGUCUCCCCCUUCUGGACUCCCUUCUCCAUCUGCUGUGAAGGUUUCUCUGAACCAAUACUGUACUCUGAAGUGAGAUUAACUUCAGUGUCAUUUUAUUGAUGUCAUUUUGUACAGAGAACUAUAACACAUCUGCAACGCAUUUAAAAACGUGCUCUAUUAUUGUUUGAGAAAGAAAGAGAGACUGAAGUGAUUUACACACCACAGUACAUGUAAUAUCAGUAA